CUUACUACAACAACCAACCACCUCGGCAAGCAUCGCCGACUCGAAUCGCCAACAACUUCCGGGGUCAACGCUCAAAAAGAGUGGGUGUCGAGCUUCCACCAGCGCUUCCAGUUCACAAAUUAACGUCCUAUACUUUACAUUCCCGACGAGGAUGGCCGGCGCACCACUUCCACGUUCAAAAUGCCUCCGCCUCGAGCAAUGAACACGGCAUCUUCGAGCGCAGGGCCUUCAGUCCCAUCGCCCCACGUUUCCAUGGUGAAUGGUGGUCCCUACGGCCGAGACGAUGCUGAUGAAUUGGACUUGCUCGGCCCCGACCCGUGUCACACUCUGCAGCCCGAUGACGACGACACGGCGCCUAUCCUGGACGACGAUCCCCUCAGACACGGACAGACCCACCUCGCCUCUCCACUUUCCUUCAAGCGCAAGCAAAAGCAGACCAGCUUCCUCUCGCAGCCAUCCAGGCUCAUCAGCGCCCUGACAAGAGGCGCUCUCAACCCCUUUUCCUCUGCCCGGCAUGCCCACCCCAGCCGCCACGACGACGACCGACAGCAGCCUCCCCAAGGCCAAAGCGCCCGCCUCGACCCCAUCCUUGAGCCGCUCCCCAAACCCGACGGUCCGUUCCCGCUUGACUGGCAUGUUGAGGGCCCCGGGCGGCGGGUGGGCUACGAGGAUCUGACGGCGAUCGACUGGAUCUUUGAAUACACCAAGGAGCGGCAGCGGCAGCGCACGCUGCACGCCUCGUCCUCGGCCUCCGCGAUCCCCGCCCUUGGCCACAUCCAGCGGUUGCUCGACGCAAGCCAAGUUUGGGUGGUGCUAGUGCUGGCGGGCCUGGCCGUGGGCGCGCUGGCCGCGGCCAUUGACGUCGCCACCGACUGGCUGGGCGACAUCAAGUACGGGUUUUGUUCGUCCGGCGUCGAUAGCGGCAGGUUCUACCUGAGCAAGGCCGCAUGCUGUUAUGGUUACGAUGAAAGUAGUCACUGCAAGGGAUGGGUGAGUUGGGGGUCGGCGUUAGGGGUGAGCUCCGGAGUGGGAGGUUGGUUUGUCGGCUAUGUGUUAUAUUUGGUUUUGGCGGUCAUCUUUGCGCUCUCGGCGAGCUUGUUGGUCAAGGAAUAUGCGAUCCAUGCCAAACACAGCGGGAUCCCAGAGAUUAAGACGGUACUUGGAGGCUUUAUUAUCAGGAGGUUUUUUGGGUUAUGGACGUUGAUUACGAAAUCGUUAGGUUUGGUUCUGGCGGUGGCAUCUGGGAUGUGGCUAGGAAAAGAAGGGCCACUGGUUCAUGUCGCCUGUUGUUGCGCCAAUUUGUUUAUCAAGCUGUUUCCCAGCAUCAACGGUAAUGAAGCGCGGAAGAGGGAGGUUCUCUCGGCAGCAGCGGCUUCCGGCAUUUCUGUGGCGUUUGGUUCGCCGAUUGGAGGCGUGCUCUUCAGUCUCGAGCAACUAUCCUACUAUUUCCCCGACAAGACAAUGUGGCAAAGCUUCGUAUGCGCCAUGACAGCCGCUGUGGUGCUACAGGCUUUUGACCCUUUCCGGUCGGGCAAACUUGUGCUCUACCAAGUGACAUAUAGCUCCAGCUGGCAUGGCUUUGAGCUGGUGCCUUUUGUGCUCCUGGGCAUUUUCGGCGGCAUCUACGGCGGGCUGUUUAUCAAAGCGAACAUGAGAGUCGCCAAGUGGAGGAAAUCAGCCACCUGGCUGCCAGGACCAGUGACGCAGGUGGUUGCGGUGGCUUGUCUUACUGCUCUCAUCAACUACCCCAACCACUAUAUGCGGGCUCAGUCCUCGGACCUAGUCUCGAACCUGUUUUCAGAGUGCUCCAAUUUAUUUGACGACCAGUUUGGGCUCUGCGAAACAGGCGCCGCUUCUGCGGGCACAAUCGUCCUCCUAAUCUUCGCCGCACUGUUAGGAUUCUGUCUCGCCGCCAUUACGUUUGGGUUGCAGAUCCCUGCCGGCAUCAUUCUGCCAACCAUGGCCAUCGGUGCGCUUUUCGGACGUGCGGUUGGCAUUGUCAUGGAGAUCUGGCAGCACAACCACCCAAAAUUCAUCGCUUUCCACUCGUGCGAGGAAGACAUUGCCUGCAUCACACCCGGCACCUACGCCAUCAUCGGCGCGGCGGCCGCCCUCGCCGGCGUCACACGCAUGACCGUUUCCAUCGUGGUCAUUAUGUUCGAGCUCACGGGUGCUCUCACCUAUGUCCUCCCUAUCAUGGUGGCCGUCAUGAUUUCCAAGUGGGUCGGCGACGCCUUCUCGCGGCGCGGCAUCUACGAAUCUUGGAUCCACUUUAACGAGUACCCUUUCCUCGACACGAGCGAGGAGACAAUGCCCAUCCCUGACAUUCCCGCCUCCCAGAUCAUGACACGCAUCGAGGACCUCGUCGUGCUCACCGCUACAGGCCACACCAUUGGCUCUUUGACCGCGAUCCUUGAGGCCCACCCGUACCGCGGCUUUCCUGUCAUAUCGGAUCCGCGCGAUGCCAUCCUGCUCGGCUACAUCUCCCGUGCCGAGCUUUCCUACAACUUACACACAUCGACCCAGCCACCCCGCUCGCUGGCCCCGGAGACCGAAGCGUUUUUCGUGCACCAGCCGUUGGCCGAUCCCAGGACCACCCUGGACCUGCGACCCUGGAUGGAUCAGACCCCGCUCACCCUUCCCAGCGGCUGCCGCCUGCACCUGGCGGUAAGCUAUUUCCAGAAACUGGGCCUGCGCUACGUGCUGUUUGUCGAUCGUGGCGUGCUCCAGGGGCUCUUGACCAAAAAGGACGUGUGGUAUGUGCUCAACGGGGCUGAGGAAACACGCCGCACGAGCGGGACCGAAGUGGUUGCCAGAGGCGGUGAAGGUGGUGGAGGUGGCCGACACGGCGGUCUGCAGACGGGCGCAGCGAGAGAGAACGGCGAAGGCGAGAGCGCCGGGCUAUUGAGGGCUGUUGGGAUGGGUGAUGACGGCGAGGUGGGUAGUCCUGUGGUGGAGGAUGCAAGCAUAUUAUAGAAGCCAGCAGACUAGUUUGAUAGAUCUGCUGCCAUUUUCCAGUCGCUUGGUUCCGCCAACGAUAUGUAUCGAUGUGAUUUGGGGCACAAGGCAGAAUCUUCAGAACCACGACAAUUGGCCCUGUUUAGCUGCUGCCGCUAGUAUAAAAAGGCGCAGUCCAGUGAGCCACAGGUAGGGCGGCAACAAUGUACGCGUCAAGUAGUAUCAAAUUUUCUGUUUAUGCUGAGUGACC